AGGAAGGGAUGCUGGCCAUGACAGGUACAGUCAGAGUGAGGGUUGCAUUAUUUUGCUGUGAAGCUCCUCUCCCUCUCUCACAUACUACAUGUGCCUGGAUUGGUGGAAGCAGUUAGUAGAGGUCACCAAGGCUCUGGCAGCCCUCCUUCUCCUCCCCCAGCCAGCAGCCCAGCUGGAGAAUGUGUGUGAGAUGACUGCUAAAGGCAGAGGGGACGGAUGGCGUAUCUCACACACCCCAAGUACAGCGCCAGGCAGCCUGCCGGCAUCUUCUCAUUCCCUGCCCUGGGCUGCAGAGAAGGCUCGGCGCUGCCUGGCUCCGGCGGGAGAGCAGACAAGCCGAGGAAGAAGCCGUUCUGCCUGGUGAGGAUGAAGCCGCUGAAGGAGCCCGUCAACAACAACAACAACGUGUCCUUUGUCAUCCACUGUCACAUAGGGAAGGAGAUCAAACACAUCUGCAGCAACUGCAGCCGAGGGGAGGAAGCCCGUGAGGCUGAGGAAGUUGAAAGGCUGGCUGCAAUGCGCUCUGAGUCUUUAGUGCCUGGUACACACACUCCACCAAUCAGAAGAAGAAGUAAAUUUGCAACAUUAGGGAAACUUUUCAAGCCAUGGAAAUGGAGAAAGAAAAAAAGUGAAAAAUUCAAGCAAACCUCUGCAGCACUGGAAAGAAAGAUAUCAAUGAGGCAAAGUCGAGAGGAACUCAUAAAAAGAGGUGUCUUGAAAGAAUUAUAUGACAAAGAUGGUGAUCUACAGAAUGAAGAAGGGAUGAUGGAAAAUGGUCAACCUGUUGGCACUGGUUCAUCAUCACUUCCAAUCAUAACAGAGAUGGAACCGACUUCAGUGUCAGGAGAGACUUGUGCAUAUGAAGUGCUUCCGACCUCUGAACUCAUGGAUGGGACAGUGUCUGAAGAUCUUACGUCUGAGCCAGGAUGCAUGUCCCAGGAUCAAUCAUACAAGCCAACCCUGAUACUACCCCCAAAAAAAUCUGCAGGCUUCCCUGUAGACCUUGAGGAUACUCCCGUGAAACCGCUUACUCACCACAAGCAACCCCCUGCCCUGCCUCCUAAACCUAUUUCCAGAAUUGCCAAUCAUAUAGCAGACUCCAGUGGAGUUGUGAAAUUGCCUUGUAUGCCGGGGAAAAUGUCUCCUCCUCUACCUCCAAAGAAAGUGAUGAUAUGCGUGCCAUUAGGGGGGACAGACUUCCCCCAUUCUUCCUAUUCUAACCAGAAGAGCUCCCAACAUCAUCACACAGUCCUGCCAUCUCAGCUAGCAGCCCAUCAACACCAGCUCCAGUAUGGCAGCCAGCAUCUAUCAACAGGAUCUAGUUCAAUACCCAUCCACGCAUCCAUACCUCCAGGGUGUAGGGUGAUAGAGGAGCUGAAUAAGACACUUGCGAUGACCAUGCAAAGGUUGGAGAGCUCUGGCAUGCAUGUCGGAGACAGCAUCUCUAAAACAGGACUAGGUGGCUAUUCCGACAUGAGACAGGUGCCAACUGUUGUUAUUGAAUGUGAAGAUGAUAAAGAAAAUGUGCCUCAUGAGACAAGCUAUGACGACAAUUCAUGCCUUUACUCAAGAGAUGACGAUGACGAUGAGGAGGAUGAGGAUGAAGAUGACGAUAGCUCCCUAUAUUCAAGCUCUUUGGCUAUGAAGGUCCUCAGGAAGGAUUCAUUGGCUAUAAAGCUAAGCAACAGACCCUCCAAAAGAGAACUUGAAGAGAAGAAUAUCCUCCCCGCGCAGACUGACGAGGAAAGGCUGGAAUUAAGGCAACAGAUUGGGACCAAACUUAUAAGGCGACUGAGUCAAAGGCCAACGGCAGAAGAAUUGGAACAAAGAAAUAUACUGAAACCACGUAAUGAGCAGGAGGAGCAGGAGGAAAAGAGGGAGAUUAAGAGAAGGCUGACACGUAAGCUCAGUCAAAGACCAACAGUAGAAGAACUGCGAGAAAAGAAGAUCCUUAUACGUUUUAGUGAUUAUGUGGAACUGGCAGAUGCACAAGAUUAUGACAGGAGGGCAGACAAACCAUGGACUCGACUUACAGCUGCUGACAAAGCAGCCAUCCGAAAAGAGUUGAACGAAUUUAAAAGUACAGAGAUGGAAGUCCAUGAAUUAAGUAGGCAUUUAACAAGGUUUCACCGGCCCUAGCAUUAAAGUUCUGCUUGAAUACUUUACUGUUUUCAAAAAAGGGAACCACAAGUGCUGGGAUAAUUCCUUUCUCUUUUACUUAAAUGUAAACAAUCGGAACUGCCUUCUUUUUUUUCCAAGGGAAGAAAAUGGCAUUUGCAUCACCUUCAUAGAUGGUUUCCACCUUCACAUGAUUUCCAACAUGUGAAGACUUGUCAUCAGCCAGCCUGUGGAUCUGUUUCGUCUAUACAAACUCAGCGGAUGUUGUCCUUCCUUGGGUCUUUGGACAUCAACAUCUUCUGUAUCGCUGUUGUUAGUGGUUCUAAAGAAAGAAAAUGCAGGGAGGUGUCGGGACCUGGUUUAAAUGAAGGAAACCUGUGAAUCAUAUGUCAGAUUUUCUUCAUACAUUUUAGCCAAAUCCAUGUGGACUUUAUAAGCAGGAAAACGAGAGAGUUGCACUUUUUUCAUCUGUGAAGCAUUCCUGUUUUCAUGUAUCACAUCUACCUUCCCAGUCACUCAAUGAGCAUCUUGCUGAGCAUCGUGUCAUGCAGAAAAAGUACAAGUGUUUAGUUAUGAUGUCACUAAGAGCUAGCAACAUGCAGCUGUACGAUUGGUUAAGGGUACCAACACAAUCAUUUUAGUUUUCAUCUCCAUAGAUUAAUCAGGGUUAGUUCAUACAAGAAUACAGAAAAGCCAACCUUUCAUUUUUGAAGCAAACAUUUAUAAAAUUGUAAAUCUGAAGUGUCAAGGAUCUCUAAGCAGCAAUGAGAGUCAGAUGCAUCUGAAGACACGAUAUUUGCACUGUGCAUUUUAUGUCACGUUAUUCAGUGUAAUGAGAUUUUAGUUGGGUGACUUUAUUGUUUUAUUACUAUGGUUUUGUAAAAGCAGUUGUAGACAAAACAAGUUUUAGGUACACACCAACCAUUCUUAAAAGAAUAUUCCCAAAGACAAAUAUGGGUUGUUCUUGUCCUUUGGAAAUGUGGUGUCAUUAUAUUGUGCUUGUUAUGUAAAUAUGAAAAAGGUUUCGGUGCAGAGGGGCUGUUUCCAGCAAACACGCUUCAUCCAUUUAUACAUUUCAGCAUUGAAAAAUCUUAACUGACAUCAUUGGUGAAUGAGCCUGUCCACGGUAUAAUGAUAAUACCUUCUAAAUGUAACAAGCCAAACUAUUUUUCAAAAUCUGCAUUUUGUUUAUGUGAAUAAAAUGGCUAAUUUAAUGUGUAAA